AUGGCUCCACCGCCGCCCGGCCCUACGCCGGCGGCGAGGCUACUGAGGGAGUACGGGUGGGACCUGAUGCUGGGAUCGAUCGCCGCGUUCUACGCCGUCAUGGUGCCUUACACCAAGGUGGAGGAGAGCUUCAAUGUGCAGGCCAUGCAUGAUAUUCUGUACCACAAUCAUCACAUCGACAAGUAUGACCAUUUGGAGUUUCCUGGCGUUGUUCCUCGGACAUUUAUAGGAGCAUUGGUAAUAGCUAUUCUCUCAUUGCCUGCGGUUCUCAUAAUGCGUGUAUUUCAAUUUCCAAAGAUUUAUAGUCUUCUAGCAGUUCGAUUAGUAUUGGGCUGUGUCAACCUGACGACUUUGAGACUUUUCCGAGUUGAGGUCAAAAGAAAGUUUGGUCGCCAUGUUGAAGCAUUCUUUGUGUUACUAACUGCUAUCCAGUUUCAUGCUUUGUUCUACUCAACCCGGCCUCUUCCAAAUAUCUUAGCAUUAGCUUUAGUCAACUUGGCAUACUCUUUCUGGUUCAAGGGAAAUUACCUAUGCACAUUACAGGCACUGAUUAUUGCAGCUGUUGUUUUUAGAUGUGAUAUGAUUCUACUUCUUGGUACGAUAGGGGUUGCACUUUUGCUGAGCAGGUCUUUUUCUCUAAUGGAAGCCGUAAAAUGUUGCAUAAGCACUGCUCUUUUAUGCAUUGGUUUCACGGUACUAGUUGACUCGAUAAUGUGGCAGAGAAUCCUGUGGCCAGAAUUUGAAGUUUUCUGGUUUAAUUCAGUUCUGAACCGAAGUUCAGAAUGGGGUACACAUUCGAUCCAUUGGUACUUCACCUCAGCACUUCCACGCUCCAUGCUUGUAGCCUAUCCUCUUUGCUUGGUUGGUGCUCUUCUUGAUAGGAGGAUAGUGCCAUACGUUCUUCCAGUCACUUUAUUUGUUGUACUCUAUUCGAAACUUCCACAUAAGGAGCUUCGUUUCAUAAUUGCUGCAGUUCCCAUGCUUAAUGUGUCUGCUUCUCUGGCCGCAAGCAGAUUAUAUAAUAACAGAAAGAAAAGUGGUUGGAAUUUCCUUUAUGUUCUCAUGCUUGGUGCCUUUCUUGUCAGCCUUGGAUACUCUGCUGUGAGUUUCAUGGCCUCCUACAGCAAUUAUCCUGGUGGGCAUGCUCUAAAGGCUCUACAUGUAGCAGAUUCUUCUAUGAAGGAAAAAAUGGUCCACAUUGAUGUCUUAACCGCGAUGAGUGGGGUUUCUCGUUUCUGCGAAAAUGAAUACCCUUGGAGAUACUCGAAGGAGGAGGACAUUUCCAUUGAAGAAUAUCAGAACAGAAAUUUCACCUAUCUACUGAAUGAGCACCGCUACGUUAGUGGCUACAAGUGCUUGUUUGGCGUGGACGGAUUCUCCAGAGCCAGAAUUCAACCCCGGUUCCCACCACUUUCCCUGGUGAAAGUGCCGAAAGUGUUCGCACAUGGGAGCUUGGGGGAUCCCGAUAUUCUGUCGCUAGAUUGGCCCGGCUGCCCCUGA